AUGGCGGCAGCGGGGGAGCGGGGGAGGAGGACGCUGCGCAGCGUUGCGAGAUCUGGCGGGGUCUGCGGCGAGAGCGGGGUUCUGGGGAUCCCCUCGAGCACGGAGGACAAAUCCCCCCGGCAGAGCCUGGUGGGAGAGGCCGUUUUGAAGGGCUCCCCGGCGCAGGAAGGCAGCGGGGAGGAAAAGGCCCGGAGAUGCCCCCGGAGGAGGGGCUGCAAAGCCAGCCCAGGGAGCUGUGAGGAGGAAAGAGCCGUCCUGUGCCGGGAAGGCAGCCAGAGCUUGAGCCGGAGCUCUGAGCUGGUGGUCCCUGAGCAGCCUCCCAGCAGGGAGAAGCCCUUCAGGUGCUGGGAAUGUGGGAAGGGCUUCAGGGAGAGCUACCACCUCCUCAGGCACCAGCACAUCCACACUGGGGCACGGCCCUACAUGUGUGGGGAAUGUGGGAAGGGCUUCAACCAGAACUCCAACCUGAUCCAACACCAUCGCAUCCACACUGGGGAACAGCCCUACAUGUGUGAGGAAUGUGGAAAGAGCUUCAGGCAGAGCUCCAACCUGAUCAAACACAAGCGUACCCACACUGGGGAAAGACCCUUCAAGUGUGAGGAGUGUGGGAAGAGCUUCAGGCAGAGUUCCCACCUCCACAACCACCAGCGUAUCCACACUGGGGAAUGGCCCUACAAGUGCUUGCAAUGUGGGAAGAGGUUUCAGAGCAGCUCCAAUCUCCUCACACAUGAGCGGAUACACACAGGGGAGAGGCCCUUCUGCUGCACGGACUGCGAGAAGGGCUUUAACCAAAAAUGCGCCCUCGUCACCCACCGGCGCAUCCACACCGGGGAGAGGCCCUACAAGUGCUUGGAGUGUGGGAAGAGCUUCAGUGACAGGUCUACCUUGACCAAACACCAACGGACCCACCGGUAA